AUGUCGUGGCUCUGGAAGGGAGAUGCCAACUCCCCUGCAUCGUUCGAGAAAGCCCUCUCCAAACUAUCCUCACAAAUCACCGCCGCGAACCUUGCCCUUGACACAAGUCGCAGUCGAGACCGCCGGAUCAAGGCCCUGUGGACUCUUUAUACCACCCUCACAUACCUUCUCUACACUUUGAUCAUUGUUCUCGUCCUUGGACCACAGAACUGGUCGAUCUAUCACUAUGCCGGUCUCGUCGGUUCUCCGAUCCUCAUAUACGUGGUCCGCACAUCCAUCGCCGCCUUCUUUGGUUGGAGGAUAAGCCGUCAGCAAGCAUAUUUGGAGCAUUUACAGAAGCAGCGAGAGCAAAAGAUUGCAGACCUGAAAAAAGCUACAAAGUACGACAGUACUCAGGAGCUAUUGCAGAAAUAUGGAGGCGCUCCACCGACAAAGUCUCCCUCGAAACAGCCGCAAUCAGGUCCGAAGAGAAAGGCGCCUCCUUCCACAGACCAGCGUCCUGUACAGAGGACUGGAAUUGCACCUCCGCCAACCGCAAAUAUUCCAGGAAGACAUAGCUCCAUGCCAUUCCCUCAGCAACCGAACGUACAGACUGGCUCUGCGCCUAUGUCGCCAACUCAUGGCCCAUCACCACAUGCGGGCCCUGUGGUGGCACAUAGCCCAAUGGAGAUUACGCCAGACUCUCCCGGUUUCGCUCCAAAUGCUUUCUCCAGCAUGCCGCCUGCUUCUAGCACCACGUAUGAGCAACCCCCUCACUGGUACGACCGCAUACUGGAUGUUCUUCUGGGUGAGGAUGAAACCGCGGCCAAGAACAGAUUGGUACUGCUGUGCGCCAGAUGUCGCUUGGUCAAUGGUCAAGCACCUCCUGGCACGACGGAGAGAGCUGGGAGAGCGUUCCACGAGCCGCGGACAUUCGAGAAGAAAGCCCUGAAGAUUCAAAGCCUCAAGAAAUGGCUGAUACCAGCUACGAAGGAACUACAGGACGAGACGGAGGAGAUGAUGCUGGCCUAA